AAAGGGCAGCUGUGAUGUGCGUGUGCGCAGGCGCGUGCCACACUCACUGACUGUCAAGGUGUGGACACGGCGGGAGCGCGAGUGGGAACACAGUAGCCUGCUUUUGGAAAAGAGGUGGAUGCGUCCUCAAAAAAAAAAAUAACAGCCGGAGGGGUGAACACACCAGCCAGUCCGUUUUUACAAAAGCAACAUGUGCACCAACGUGGCACUGCCGUCACCCUUUGAAGUGCUUGAUAUAUAAAGUCUUGAAGGUCUCGCGCCGUUCACCGUCACCUCAGAGCUGAAGUGAAGCGCGAACCGCGAACCGCGCAGGUACAGCAGCAGAGCCGGAAGAACUCGCGUGACUGGUCGCGUUAGCGCAUCCGAGCUAAAGAAAUUAUGACGGACUGGAGGAAAAAUAAACUCUUCGUCCUGGUGGACUUGAUGUGUGUUGUUGUAGCUUCUCUGCCCUUUGUGAUAAUGAAUAUUACGUCCCAGCCAUACAAGCGAGGCAUCUACUGCCAGGACGAGAGCAUUAGUUACCCUGUAAAACAAGACACAAUCACCAACGUGACACUGGCCGUAGUCACCAUCACCUGCACUAUCAUCAUCAUAUCGUCAGGUGAAGCAUAUCUGGUGUACAGCAAAAAAAUUCACUCCAACUCCACCUUUAAUCAAUAUGUGUCAGCCAUAUAUAAGGUGCUGGGUGCCUUCCUGUUUGGGGGAGCUGUCAGCCAAUCACUGACAGACUUGGCCAAGUACACCAUUGGGCGACCACGCCCAUAUUUCUUAACAGUAUGUGCUCCCAGAGUCUGCAAAGGAUACGUGGCCUCGAUCAACUGCACUGGCAUCCCAAGUGAAGUAACUGAAGCCCGGUUGUCCUUCUAUUCUGGCCACUCCUCCUUCGGGAUGUACUGCAUGCUGUUUCUAGCGUUGUAUGUUCAGGCCAGAUUGAAUGCAAAAUGGGCUCGUCUCCUGAGGCCCACUAUCCAGUUCUUCCUGGUGGCCUUUGCUGUCUAUGUAGGUUACACUCGUGUGUCCGAUUAUAAACACCACUGGAGCGAUGUGCUGGUGGGGCUCCUCCAGGGGGCGCUCAUUGCAAUUCUCACUGUGCGAUACGUUUCAAAUUCCUUCAAGGUCCGUACUUUUCCUCAGUGCUCAAGUCCAGAGACAGCGGAAAAUGACGAGCGGAAACCAAGCUUACAUUCAAGUGAGGCAGAGCAGAAUAACCAUAUAGGCUAUUCUGGACCUGUGUGAAAGAAAUGAGGCUGAACACUACAUCUCCCACAAACCACUGGACUGAUGGGAGGGGGCGAAGAAAAACUGCACAUGCUCACAAUGGUCCUCCUUGGUAAAAAGCUUUACGGUCUCUUUCUUUCCUUUGAAUGAGAGAGAACUUUUUAUACAUAUUUAAUCAAUUUAUUUGAAUUCAAA